AUGUCCAGCGAGAAUUUUAUCAUCACCGAGCAUGUCGUCCCAGGUUGUCACAUUCGGGAGUAUCCCGGAAGCACCGUCAAUCAAGAGGAUGUUUUGCACCUACAUGUCAAACAGUACACCCCCAAAAGCCAAGCUCAGCCAGUGCCGAAGGAUACCGUCACAAUCAUUGCCGCUCAUGGAGCAGCUCUUCCCAAGGAACUGUAUGAACCGCUGUGGGAUGAGCUGUUGGAGCAAGCCAACACUUUUCAGAUCCGCAGCAUCUGGGUCGCCGACUGCGCCAGUAUGAACAUGAGCGGACUGAUUAAUGAGGACAAACUCAGCAUGGACUGUAAGCCAAUUGACCCUAUCGUAUACCCAUCUGAAGCCAUGGUUUAUGAAGAGUCAGGUUCCUGGAUGGAUCAUUCUCGGGAUCUCUUCCUGAUGAUCAACCAUUUUCGCGAGCAAAUGCCUCGUCCGAUCGUGGGGGUCGGACACAGCUUCGGUGGAAAUAUCAUUACUAAUUUGGCGUAUCUUCACCCGCGACUCUUCACCACCUUGUUACUGAUUGACCCCGUGAUCCAAUUGACCCCCCCGCCCAUGGGGUUCGGUACUGACGCCACCGGGCCGAUCAACUACACGCUUUAUCGCAAGGAUGUCUGGCCCAGCCGCGAGGUGGCUCUCCGUGCCAAUCGUGCUUUGACUCAUGGCUGGGAUCCCCGCUGCGUCGCUCGCAUGGCGCAAUACGGGUUCCGCGAGCUUCCCACUGCGCUGUAUCCGGACGUGGACGCAGUGACGGCCGGGCUCCAAAGCACCACAUCAGCUACUUCUCCCCCCCAUUCUCCACCCCGACCACACAACACCACCACCCCAGUGACUCUUACCACAACCAAGUAUCACGACCUCCUCGCCCAAAUCCGCGAGAAUUUCCGCGCCCGGUCGCCGGAGACGGGCCGGAUCUCAAUUUCGCGAGCAACCCACGCGGAUCUCGACCCGCUUGCUGCGUUCAUCCCAAUGUAUCGCCCCGAGCCCCGGAGCGUCUUUCUUCGGCUGCCGACGCUACGCCCAUCGUGUCUGUGGGUGCUGGGGGGCGCAACCUAUCUUCAGAUUGACGAGAUGCGCGAGGGGAUCAAGACAUGCGGGACCGGGGUGGGAGGCAGUGGGGGCAUCCCCGAGGGGAGGGUCCGGGAGGUGACGCUGCCGGGGCUGGGCCAUCUGAUGCCGUUUCAGGCGGUCCAACAGGUUACAGAGCCCUGUGUCGCGUGGCUGGAAUCCGAGCUAGCGCGUUUCCGCGAGACUGAGAGGCUCUGGGCGGAGGAGCAAAAGGGGCGGAGUCAUCUCACCUUGGAGGGGAGGUGGUAUCGCGUCUUGAAGCCAUUAGCCGUUCCAGGUGGGAAGGGGGAAGGCCGGAAAGCCAGAAAGGACAAGCUGUGA